UGGACAACAGAACUCCUUCUCUGACGUGCUUUUUUCCUCCUUGUCCUGUGGAGAUGAAAAUUGACAUCCAUAGUCAUAUUUUACCAAGAGAAUGGCCAGAUCUAAAAAAGAGAUUUGGCUAUGGAGGCUGGGUGCAGCUUCAACACCACAACAAGGGAGAAGCAAAGAUGCUGAAAGAUGGGAAGGUCUUCAGAGUGAUUCAGGAGAACUGCUGGGAUCCAGAUGUUCGUAUUAGAGAAAUGGACCAAACAGGAGUGACUGUACAAGCCCUUUCCACAGUUCCCGUUAUGUUCAGCUACUGGGCCAAACCUCAGGACACUUUAGACCUGUGUCAACUUUUAAACAACGACUUAGCAGCCACUGUUGCACGCUACCCUCGGAGGUUUGUGGGUCUGGGGACAUUGCCCAUGCAGGCGCCUGAGCUAGCCAGCAAGGAGAUGGAGCGCUGUGUGAAGGAGCUGGGCUUUCCAGGGUUUCAGAUUGGCUCUCAUGUCAACAAAUGGGACCUGAAUGCUCAGGAACUCUUUCCUGUCUAUGAAGCGGCUGAAAGACUCAAUUGCUCCCUGUUCGUGCAUCCCUGGGACAUGCAGAUGGAUGGACGGAUGGCCAAAUACUGGCUCCCUUGGCUUGUAGGAAUGCCAGCGGAGACCACCACAGCCAUUUGCUCUAUGAUCAUGGGUGGAGUGUUUGCAAAGUUUCCUAAACUGAAAGUGUGUUUUGCACAUGGAGGUGGUGCCUUCCCCUUCACGUUGGGAAGAAUCUCCCAUGGAUUCAGCGUGCGUCCAGAUUUGUGUGCCCAGGACAACCCCACCAAUCCAAAAGAAUACCUUGGUUCCUUUUACACGGACUCCUUGGUUCAUGAUCCUCUGGCUCUCAAACUGUUAACAGAUGUCAUAGGAAAGGAUAAAGUGAUUUUGGGAACUGAUUACCCAUUUCCACUAGGUGAGCUGGAACCUGGGAAACUGAUAGAGUCUAUGGAAGAGUUUGAUGAAGAAACCAAGGAUAAACUCAAAGCUGGAAAUGCCCUAGCAUUUUUGGGUCUUGAGAGAAAACAAUUUGAAUGA